UUCAGCUAAGGGAAAAUGCCAACCCUGGAAACCAAAAGCAAAGAUGUAGAAAGUGUUGCGAUGCAAACUGAGGGAUUUUUCAGCCUUCUAGAAACAGUCCUCUGUCACACGUUGCAUAGUAAUUACACCAGUUACACUUUGUGCAUGUGUUUCUUUUCUCUCCUGCAGGCUGGUGAAGAACAACAGGUCCAAAUAGAAUUACCAAAAAGCAGACCAAGACCGUAUGGGUUAGUGAUUCCAAUUAGUACCGAUGCAGACGGAAGCUAUAUCUCCAAUAUACUCUCUGCAAGCCACCAAAGAAGAUCAACGCGGGAGGUAUCCCAGAGCCCCAAACAGCUGUAUUUUAAUGUCACUGCAUUUGGAAGGGAAUUCCAUCUCCGACUGAAACCCAACACUCGUUUAGUGGCUCCUGAGGCAGUAGUGGAGUGGUACGAAGACUCUGUGGAAACUGGAAAUGGAAAUGGUGCUGGUAACUCAAGUCAGACUAGAACUGCUACAGAGAGGUUGUGGAAAAGAGAGCCCCUGUGGACCAACUGCGCUUACGUAGGAGACAUAACUGACAUCCCUGGAGCUUCUGUUGCAAUUAGCAAUUGUGAUGGUCUGGUAAGUCUUGUUCAAUGGCAUUAAUGUCUGGCGUUUUAUCACUUUGUACACAGCUUUUGUUGCUUUUGAC